AACAGACCAGGUUAAACUCACUUUAACCAAGCACUGAUGAAUGGAAUGUUUACAAGCCUUUCUUGAUGACAGAAAUACAGUAACCGGCAGAAUCAACUGCUGCAAAAAGCGCCUGGCCUCUGAUCUUGGAUCUCAGCUACAAUGUUCUCCGCAUGGAUUCUGCAUAUGGUUGGAUUCGCUCUGCUGGUCAGGGGAGACAUCAGUGAUGAACAGUGUCCUCUUCAUGAAGUCAAGCCUGGGAAAGAAUCUGCAGUGAUGGAUUCCUUGCAGUGCCACAAUGAUUACAUGAGCUAUGCACAGUGCACAUGGGAGGUUGAUCCACAUGUUCAUCCACAAGCUACAGAAAACAUGCAUGAAUUGUACUACUUGGACACAACUUUAGAAGAAGAAACACUUUGCGUCUCGAAUAGAUCCGGUGUGCUUUUAUCCAGUGGGAAGAUCUCUCACAUGUGUCGCUAUAACACUGAAAGGUUUAACAUAGGAACAGAUCACAUUCUCUACUUCAAAGUGCCCUGUGUACCCAGAGCCACGACUCUCAGAGUUGCUGAGAAAGGAAAAGUUAGGGCCCCAACUGACUUGACAGAGACGUUGGCUGAAAACGGAGGUCGUCUGCUGUCCUGGAGAAGCCCGUAUCCUGCAUCCUCAAAAAUCGCAGGAACUCUUGUGUACCAGCUUCAGUAUCGCAUAUACAUGCAUAACUGGACUACUGUGGAUAACAUCAAUGCUUCCGAGUAUAUGAUUGAAAAGGAGUCACUGUUGGGUUACCAUUAUCAAGCCAGAGUGAGGGCGCGAGGCCCUCUAGGACUCUGGAGUGACUGGAGCCCCCUGGUGUCCUGGAAGACUCACAAUGAUGGAGCCUUUAACCUGCAGUGUGUGAUGAUGGAAGAAACAACUGUGAUGUGUACCUGGCAAAUGAAGACAGAACAUUAUCAGUUUAUGUCUUAUCAUCUCUGGUGCAGUAAUAAUGAUAACACUGAACCCUCAGCUUGUUGCGAAGAUCCUCAGCUUCAGUCGAGCGACUUUGAGCUUUCUGAGUUUGUGUGUUCUGUAAAUACCCCUGACCCUUACCUGUUAACAGUGGAGCUGAGACCAGUGCACUACACUAGGACGUUCAGUACUUCAAAACACAUUCACCUUUCACAACCUGGCCAGAUCCAUGUGAAGGAAGUAGAUGGUGUUUUCAUACUGAACUGGACUGAACCAGCUGUUUCCGAAGAUAUUGAAUACUCCAUCCAGCUAAAAAUCUCACCCAACAAGGCCACAGAGAGCUUUACCCUUUCUAAGGGGUCCAACGAUUUUGAGAUUCCCUCUACGAUUCUAGAUCCUUCAACUGAAUACCAGGCCCAGAUCAGAUUACUGCAUGUACCUGAUGGUGUUUAUGAUGUUCAGCCAUCAGAAUGGUCACAGCCAGCAGUGUUCAAAACUAAGCCAGUUUCAUCGCCCAUCAGCUCCGUAAUCUUCAUUUUGACUGCUGUGUUUGUGGCCGUGCUUUUUGUCAUCUUGUACAACAUCCUUCCAGCCUUACACAGAAGGAUCAAGUUGUGGAAGGGAUCAAUUCCAUCGCCCAUAAAGAGCAAAGUGCUGGAGGGGAUGAUGAAGAAGUCUCCAAGUGGAUGGCCAAAUCUCCAGAGUGAGAAAGAGUCAACCUCCAUCUGUGUACUACUGGCUGCAGACAAUGUCAGUCUCUGCAAAAGCAGUGUUUCUUGGGAGCCGCGUUUGUCACACAGUGAAGAAGCUGUUAAAAUGGCACGGUCUGGUGGAUCAAACCACUUGCACGCCUAUGUGAGUGAAGGCAUGUGCAAGGACAAAUCAGGCAUGAACUUCAGCGGACCUUAUAUUCUGUGCUGCGAGGAACCCUGCACCCAGGUCAAGUUUCCUGAUGCCUCUAUAGACAGAGAUCACACAUGUGUUUUGGGAAAGUCUGAGAAUUUUGCUUCGGUAAAUGGAGGCUACGUUGUAACUCCUCCCAGCGCCAUGCCAGCAACUCAAAACCCCAUCCUCGUCGACAGCCCGACCAAUAGCCCUUCAAACGAACCCCCUGCGUACACCCCCGGCCCAGAUCAUGGUUGUAUGGUCCUCCCUCAUCCAUCUGGAUACUUCACAAUGCCAUGUGUCAUCACGGACUAGUCAGAACUGAGAGGAUAUGUGAAGAGUGCAAAUUCUGGAACAUAAUGACCAAGCACUCAAUGACUGUUAGUUUGGUGCUUUAAAAAAAAAAAAACAUGA